AUACUAAUUUAUGAAUAGCAAAUCAAAAAUUAUUAUCGUUAAGUCUUUGACAAUAGCCUGACACACUGAGUGGAUAUACUGAACAUCUACAGUGAAUAUAGCGAUGUCGAAACCGGCUUUGGUUGUUGUAUUUGUCCUUGGAGCGGUGCUGGCCAGCGUAAUGGCAGUUGAAGUGAACUUGGUGGACACAAGAAAAGCGACUACCGAUUUAAAUUGGGAUACUUCUCCGUCCGAUGGAACUGGGUGGAACGAGUUAAGCAACACAGAUGAGAACCAAGUUCCUCUUCGAACGUUUCAAGUUUGCGGGAUUCGAACACCCGGACAGAAUAACUGGUUUAAAACGAAUUAUAUUGAAUUAAAAGAAGGCGCGAAGAAUGUAUAUGUGGAAAUUAAGUUUACUAUAAGAUCAUGUCACGACAUCUCGAACGUCGCCACAUGCAAAGAAACUUUCAAUCUAUUCUACCUUGAAGCAAACUCGCCUUAUUCUGGAAGCGAUCAAUAUAUGAAUGAAAGAGUUUAUAAGAAAGUCGAUACGAUUGCAGCCGACGAGCGAUAUCCCAUCCGAUCUCACGUUACGAAUACAAAAACGAUCAAGAUCAGCGAUAUUCAAACUAACGGACUAUAUGUAGCAUUCCAGGACACUGGAGCUUGCAUGCUUAUUUACUACGUUCGAGUCUACUACAAAAAAUGCGACGAAGCUAUCAUGAAUCUUGCGAAAUUCCCUAGCACCGUCACCGGACCUCGGAUUACGUCACUAAUCAAGGUUACAGGAAAAUGUGUUACUAACUCGAUAUGGUCGGAUAGUUAUGAAGGUCCAACUCUUCUCUGCAACAGCGAAGCAAAAUGGAAACUUCCUGAGGGAUCUUGUCAAUGUUUACCGGGAUAUCAACCUAAUGAAGAAAUGACUGAAUGCAUCGAAUGCGUAGCUGGUCAAUACAAAUCAGAAGUUGGCAACAAUCAAUGUCAGACCUGCCCUGAUAAUAGUUUGUCGAUCAAGUUUGCUUCGAUGAAAUGUAUCUGCAGUGCAGGGUAUUAUAGAGCCAGAAAAGAUGGACAAGACAUGCCGUGUACAAAGCCUCCAUCAAAACCAGAAUCGGUUCAAUAUACCGUGAACGAAACGUCUGUAACCAUACGUUGGUCAUCGCCGAAAUUUACUGGAGGACGUACCGAUAUUACGUAUAGUAUUUCUUGUCUACGAUGCGACUCAACAUAUUCACUGUGUUCUGCUUGCGGGGACAACGUGGAUUAUGAGCCGAGAGGAAGAUUCCACAGCCAAAGACAUGUAGAAAUAAGAGAACUAUCGCCUCAUACUAACUACAGAUUCAGGAUCUUUUCUUACAACGGUGUAACAAAGAUCAGCGGUAAAGAUCCGACGUUUUCUGAGAUAUUGCUAAAGACAAGCGAAGCCGCUCCAUCUGCAGUAGGUCAUGUUCGAGUUAUCGAUCGCAAACCAACCAAUGUUCUCCUGAACUGGGAUUCUCCAACGAAACCCAACGGUAUCAUUCUUGAGUAUGAGAUUCAAUACAAAAGCGAUGGACUGAACGCUCCGCAGAUAAAGAGAAUAAACAGAACAAAAAGUCAGACUUUCAGAAUAAAAUAUCUUCCACAGGGAACAUCGUUUAUUGUCCAGAUUCGCGCCAAAAACGCUGCCGGCUAUGGACUAUUCAGCACACCCAUUGUAUUUCGUACAUUGGGGGUAGCGAGUCAUAAUCUAGACAAAACCAUCACACCAAGCAUCGAUGAGGACAAAAACAAAAUGGAAACGACCACCUACCCCCACACAGCAAAAUACUCUGCAGACAAUCUCCCAAUUGUAGUCGGAAUUGCAAUUUCAUGCGCCAUGUUGAUCGUUGUUAUCUCAGCUUUACUAAUUAUCAGUCGAAUCCGGAAUCAGAAUAAAAAACAGAAACACGAAUCCAUUGAAAUCUAUCCCUACUUUGAUAACGCAGUUGAUCUGAUCCAAGCGCACAGAGAACCCGUGAAAACCUACAUAGACCCAAGUACAUACGGAGAUCCCGAUCAAGCGGUUCACGAGUUUGCGAAGGAAAUCGAUUCUUAUAAUAUCAAGAAGGAAGAUCUAUUAGGAUCAGGCGAGUUCGGGGAUGUUUACAAAGGCCUCCUCCGUCCCAUGACACCAAUAUGCAACGACGACACACUACAGAAUCUGGCAAGUCCUUUUCGAUCAACGAACUUAGUAGUUGCAAUCAAGACAUUGAAAGCUGGUUACACAGAAAAACAGAAGCAGGAUUUCCUCAUAGAGGCGUCAAUUAUGGGGCAGUUCGAUCAUCCCAGCGUCAUCAGAUUAGAGGGCGUGGUCACAAAAACCACGCCUCUCAUGAUUGUGACAGAAUUUAUGGAAAAUGGCUCACUGGAUUUGUUUUUAGAGGAUCGCCAUUCACAAAACAGCGAACUCGGAAUCUUCCAGCUUGUGAACAUUUUACGAGACAUUGCCGAUGGGAUGAAAUAUCUAUCCGACAUGGGAUACGUUCACCGUGAUCUUGCCGCAAGGAAUAUAUUGGUCAAUGAUCAGUUGAUAUGUAAAGUAUCUGACUUCGGUCUCAGCAGAGAAUUAGCGAGUAUUCAAGAUGGCGGAACCGCUAUUUAUACAACCAAGGGAGGAAUGAUACCAGUACGAUGGACAGCUCCUGAAGCAAUCACCCAGCGUACAUUUACGUCAUCAAGUGACGUAUGGAGCUUUGGUGUCGUCAUGUGGGAGGUUCUCACACAUGGAGAAAGGCCUUAUUGGGAAAUGCCUAACAAAGACGUUGUGCACUGCGUGGAAAAUGGAUAUCGACUCCCUCCACCACCUUUCUGUCCCCGGAUUCUCCAUAAUCUCAUGUUAAACUGUUGGAAUAUGGAUCGAACAAGGAGACCCACCUUCACACAGAUUGUAGCGCAACUUGACAGCAUGCUACUCGCUCCAGAGAAAUUGAAUGAUACUAUUAAUAACAUUCCUUUUCACGAGCAAGCCGAAUGUAUCCCUGAAUCCCUCGAUUUGUCAUCUCUUGGCCAAUGGUUGGAGGACAUGAAUAUGACGCAAUAUAAAGACAUCAUGCUUAGAAAUGGAUGUGUAACUGCUGAGCAAAUUAUAAGACUUUCAGAUGGGCAACUUUACGAGAUGGGAAUCACUGAUGUCUCAACACAGAACAUUCUUCUUAAUGGAUCAGAUUAUUUGAGAGAAAGACUUGAAGCCAUUAGUGCAAGAGGGAUCACAGUCUGAGAACUUCCGCAAACUUGGCGUCUACCUAAUGUUAACACAGCGGCGCUUUCAGCAGUUAUUUCUGAUGGUUGCACUUUUAAGCACACAAAGAACUUGCAGUCUCACUGGAGUGUUUGUAAACGGUGAAGGAUAUAGUGUACACACGGUGUUUGCAAAACAAUCCUAAUAGAGACGUUUUGUUCAAAAAAAAAAA